GGACACUGGCCGUUUUAUAUCUAGCUCCUGGGAGACUGGACCGUCUGUAUCUAGCUCCUGGGACACUGGACCGUCUAUAUCUAGCUCCUGGGACACUGGACCGUCUGUCUCUAGCUCCUGGGACACUGGACCGUCUGUCUCUAGCUCCUGGGACACUGGACCGUCUAUCCUGCUGUUAUACAAGGGUGAAAUUGCAGAGGAGAAUAAGGCAUUAUGGCAGCGCUGGCCUCUAAGGACUUGUAUACAAAUUUGCAAGAUAUUAAAUUAUCGGAGGCCGACUUGCAGCAGUUCUGUUGUCCUCGUGCACACUGGCAGCCAGGACAUGUUCUUCUCUAUAACAUCGACCAGAGUUGCAAUCGUUUCACCUGCAGGUCAGGUCAACGCAUCUGUGUGCGGUGCGGUGCUAAUUACCUGGUGGAUAGUGAGGGUUAUGUGUGCUGUGGGGGUGCGGAUAACACUGAAGUGAUCUGCAACCAUCACUGUUGCAAAAGCUCAUCUUGCAUGGGUGACUCUUCAUGUCAUGUCUGCAACAGACCAUUAGACAUGACUAAAUACCCUCACUGUUCUACUCACUUGUAUCACGUCUCCGACGAAAUUGAAACUGAUACUCUUACUGGAUUUAUCAACACAAAUCUUAAGGAAAGCAUCAGUGAAAAAUCCAUAUAUGCUCUGAGCUGUGAUAUGGUUUAUACCACAACUGGAUUGGAAGUUGCAGCCAUAUCUAUGGUUAACUCUGACUGUCAGGUGGUGUAUGAGACUAAAGUCAAGCCUAAAUCCACAAUCAUUGACUACAAUACGGAGCAUUCGGAAAUCAUAAUGGAGGAAUACUUAGGUCUGCAGAAGAAAUUAUCUCGGAGAGCUCCAUCGAUACUAAAAGAAAUUAAGAGAAGACUAAGCGUUGGAAAGGCCUCCUUGUUGCGACGUUUUGGAUACGAUGGAAGGUCAUCUCGCAAAAAAGUCCACAAAAAAUUGCUCAAACUGAUUGGGAGUGACACGAUUCUAAUUGGUCAUGACCUGGGCUUCCACUUACUCAGGUUGAGAGUGAUACAUGACAACAUUGUGGACACGGUUGCCCUGUACCCACAUGAGAAUGGCUUCCCUAAUCGUAUCUCGCUGGCAAGUUUAAAAAGCAAGUACCUGAAAUGCACUACAACUACUGUCUUGGGUUUUAAGUGUCGUGGCGAUGCCCAGACAGCCAUGCAACUUGUCAAACUUAAGUGCUAGACUUGACUCAAAAUUUUUUUUUCAGUUAACCGGCCAUAUUCCACCAAGGCCGGAUGACCUAAAAAUUAAAAUAAAAGUUUCUUAAUAAAUUUAUCAGUUUAUACAGGAGAAGGGGUUACAAGCCCUUGCUGCCGGCAUUUUAGUUGCCUCUUAUGCUGUAAAAUAUGUAUUCACUGGUGGACCUACACAUUUGGAUCCCUGAAGCUUGGACUGUUAUGGGUCCCUGAAGCUUGAACUGUUAUGGGGUCCCUGAAGCUUGAACUGUUAUGGGUCCCUGAAGCUUGAACUGUUAUGGGGUCCCUGAAGCUUUAACUGUUAUGGGUCCCUGAAGCUUGGACUGUUAUGGGUCCCUGAAGCUUGAACUGUUAUGGGGUCCCUGAAGCUUGAACUGUUAUGGGUCCCUGAAGCUUGAACUGUUAUGGGUCCCUGAUACUUGAACUGUUAUGGGUUCCUGAAGCUUGAACUGUUAUGGGGUCCCUGAAACUUGAACUGUUAUGGGUCCCUGAUACUUAAACUGUUAUGGGGUCCCUGAAGCUUGAACUGUUAUGGGUUCCUGAAGCUUGAACUGUUAUGGGGUCCCUGAAGCUUGAACUGUUAUGGGUCCCUGAUACUUAAACUGUUAUGGGGUCCCUGAAGCUUGAACUGUUAUGGGUCCCUGAUACUUAAACUGUUAUGGGGUCCCUGAAGCUUGAACUGUUAUGGGUUCCUGAAGCUUGAACUGUUAUGGGGUCCCUGAAGCUUGAACUGUUAUGGGUCUUCAUGAUAUUCCACUAACCUUUUAAUUAUAAUUUUACCUAUUACUUCAUAUUGAAUUAUGCUAUAUAGUGAACCUCUACUUACGAGUGCACCCACGUGUGAGUUUCUGAAGAUACGAGCAGUUGAUCGGUGAUUUUUUGCUUCCAGGUGCGAGCGAAAUUUCCAGAUGCGAGCGGGCCUCAAGGGAGGUUCCUUGACGCUGGUGAGGGACUCUUGCUCUUGAUCUAGGGAAUUGGAUCUCAUUUGUUUGUUGGAGUAUCUUAUUGAAACUUGGGCAAUGUAUGAUGGAAAGAUGCUUCUUAACGUUCACCAAAAUUGACAAAUUGAGCCAUAAAUAACGGAGUUCACUUCUCAGCCGUUACCUGCCUCUUAGCAGUAUGCUUUUGUAUGGUUUUUAUGGUUGUAUUAUGGAUGACAUAUUACAGAAAUAGAUAUGAUUUUGAUUGGUUUCAUGAAGAAAAGUAUCUUGAAAUUGAGGUCAAAGUAGCAGAAAUGUUCUAUUUUUGCCGAUGUUCUAGAAUAAACAAAUGAUGUCACCGUCCAAUACCUGCCCAACUGUCCAUUCCAAUACGCAGUCAUGAAUGGGUUGACAUUAUUUAUACAAUUAUUACAAUAAUGCAGUAGUCUGCAUAACAGUAAAUCUUCUAUUUUUUGUGUGAAUAAAACUUCCAAAUGGUAAGCAAGAGUAAUAUAAGAAUGCAUAGGUACUAAUAAAUAAUAAUACAUAUAAUAAAAGAAUUAUAUAAUAACAUACGUAGUAUAAUAAUAUAAAUUAUUAUAAUACGUACGUACUACUAAUAAAUAAUACUAAAGUUAUAAUAAUAUUGUAAAUGAGUUUGAGAGUGCCACCACCAGAUGGCAGUAUUGUGUAUCGAAACAAUACUCAGUCCGCGUGUGUUUCAACUCACUGUGGAGAUAAUUCUCGUGAUUUGCUUAUGUUUCGUGCAGCUGUUUUGCAGAAUUUCUUGUUUCUAACCAUGGGUCCUAAGAAAGUAAGUGCAAAGGACAGUGCUGGGAAGAAAAAAGAGCCAAAAAUUAGGGAAUAGUGAAGUGACAUAAGUGAUGAAGUGUAGCAUUAGGCGUGUACCAUUAGGAGUGUACCAUUAAGAGUGUACCAUUAGGAGUGUACCAUUAAGAGUAGCAUUAAGAGUGUAGCAAUUAAGCGAUUGAAAAAGGACAAAACGAAAUGAACUCAUGACAGCAUACGCAGCUGUGCCCAGCAUCUCUUCUCCACCAUCAACCACCAACAAUUCUUCUCGAAAGUAAAUUAUUAUUAUUGUUUUCCUUGUGAAACUAUGUAAUCUAAUGCUGAGUGCCUUACCAACACUCCAUUGUCUGUUAUUAUGAAAGCAUGGGAAGGUAUGUAGUCAGGAGCAGGAAUGGUUGCUGUGGUGGCCCUAUACACCCCCAACAAUUACAAUGGCUCCCGCUGCCUCCACUACAGGAAUGGUUGCUGUGGUGGCCCUAUACACCCCCAACAAUUACAAUGGCUCCCGCUGCCUCCACUACAGGAAUGGUUGCUGUGGUGGCCCUAUACACCCCCAACAAUUACAAUGGCUCCCACUGCCUCCACUACAGGAAUGGUUGCUGUGGUGGCCCUAUACACCCCCAACAAUUAUAAUGGCUCCCGCUGCCUCCAUACAGGAAUGGUUGCUGUG